AGCCAACAUAUUUUUCCGACCACCAUUAUUUUGGCUUGAUUUCUCAUCUCUAUAUCAAUUGUUUUUUUCAUUUGUAAAAAUUAAUUCGAAUGGAAAAAAUGAAAAGAUACAAGCAAAAGUUACGGGACGUGUGGCUUUCUAUGCCCGAAUUCAGACCAUGGCUUCGGCGAGAUCCCGAAGAGUCAUACAGAGCGCGUUGCCGAUUUUGCAAAUGUGGUGUAAACACUAAAAUAAGCGAUUUACGCGCUCACGCUUCGACAAAAAAACAUAUGAUAAGAACUAGCGCAAACGCUAACGCAUCGCAAGUGAAUAAUAACAUUGAGGAAGGCGACUUUGACCACACUGAGUACAAGCCCAAAAUGCCGAAAAUCAAGCGUGAUAAAGCCACCACUGCAGCAAGCAACAACAAAACUGCUGUAAGCAAAUUUGCAAAAGUUAAAACUGAACAGGGAACCGUCAGUAAUCCAGAUUAUGAAGCAAUUAUUGAAAGCCUGGCUUUAUACGAACCGGAACAAGCUAUGUUCAGAAGAGAAUCGGUUGAUAUAUCGGAGGAGCAUCAGAUAGAGGGCGAUAUGACUGCAGUCAAUAUGGAUGAGGAAAUGAUUACGAAUGCCGUUACCGUUGCUGUCAACAAUCUCAAGGAUUCUUCACAAAUAUUUGGAGAUUUUGUUGCUGAUCGCUUGCGCAAAUUGACGGACAAAACAUCCGAGUAUUGCAAGGAAAAGAUAAUGCAAAUUAUUUUAGAAGCUGGCACAUUUGAACGAACAAUUGUCAAUGAAUCGGAAUAAAUAAUAUAUAUAAAGUAGAAUUUUAAUAUCACAUUAAGCCUUUAAGUACAGAAGAUUAUUUGACUAUCGCUUAACAUACAUAUAAAUUUCAUAAAUAAAUUGUUAUCGACAUCAACCAA